CUUAAUGAAAGUGGCUGGGAGUCCUCUCUCUCACCCACACACACAGACACACACUUCUUCUUCUGGCACAUUUGCACUCACACACAUCCCAGUGCAGGGAGCUGAAGCUCAGCUCAGUCCAGUCCUCUCCUGCUCGAGCGAGGAGUCUUCUGGAGAUCGGUCUGUCUCCUGGAGCGAAGAGGCCAAACCGAUUCAGUUGUGCAGUCGGGUCGCUCUCCCCGAAGCUCCGGUUAGUCGGCUGAGGGAGCCGAGUGGGGGGUGAACCAGCGGAAGAACAGGAAUAGUGAUGGCCAUGACCGACAUUGUAGAGGAUGACCUGGAUGAGAGGAUGCUGGAGGAGGCAGAGGAUGUGUUCCAGGAGGCCGGUGUGGCGUCCCACAUCCCAGAGAUCAUGGCGGCCGGCACCCACUCCCCCGGUGGGCCCAAUGGCAUAAUCCGGAGUCAGUCCUUCGCCGGCUUCAGCACGCUACAAGAACGGCGCUCACGGUGUAACUCCUUCAUGGGGAACUCCGUUGUGCAGAAGAAGCCUCAGUCCAAACCCAAGAAGCCUCACCUGUCCGGACACAAGGGAGGAAGCAGCUCCAGAGACCCACAGCCCAAAAGAGUGGAGGAGGUUUACACUGCACUCAAACAAGGCCUGGAUGAGUAUCUGGAAGUUCAUCAAGCAGAGCUGGAAAAACUCAAGUCUCUGAUGAAGGACAUGAAGAGGAACUCUCGCCUGGGAGUGCUGUACGAUCUUGACAAGCAAAUCAAAACCAUUGAGAGAUACAUGAGACGUCUGGAGUUUCACAUGAGCAAGGUGGACGAGCUGUACGAGGCGUUCUGCAUCCAGAGCCGUCUGAGGGACGGUGCCAGCCGGAUGAAGCAGGCCUUCUCCUCCUCUCCCUCCACUAAAGGCACCAAGGAGAGCAUCGCUGAGGUCAACCGCCGCUACAAGGAAUACACCGAGAACAUGAGCACGUUUGAGAGUGAACUGGAGAACCUGCUCGGGGAGUUUCAUAUCAAAAUGAAAGGAUUGGCUGGAUUUGCAAGACUCUGUCCUGGUGACCAGUAUGAGAUCUUCAUGCGUUACGGUCGUCAGAGGUGGAAGCUGAAGGGGAGGAUUGAGGUGAACUCAAGACAGAGCUGGGAUGGAGAUGAGAUGGUUUUCAUGCCGCUUAUCACUGACCUCAUCAACAUCAAGGUGACGGAGCUGAAGGGCCUGGCCACUCACAUGCUGGUGGGCAGUGUGAUCUGCGAGACCAAGGAGCUGUUCACCGCCAUGCCUCAGGUGGUGGCUGUGGACGUCAACGACCUGGGCACCAUUAAACUCAACCUGGAGGUCAUGUGGUACCCCUUCGAUGUUGAGGACCUAACUCUGUCGUCCAGCAACGUCAGCAAAGCCACAGCUCUGCAGAGACGAGUGUCCAUCUACAGCCAGGGGACGCCAGAGACACCCACCUUCCAGGACAACUCCUUCUUUUCCACUCUACCAGAUGAUGUCUUCGAGAAUGGCGGCUGUGGCAUGGCAGAAUGCAAGCGUCUCUCCUUCACCUUCUCCGACACCUCUGGUUCCACGGCCAGCCCCAGCCCCGCCCCGAGCUCCCACUCCCACAGCCAGUCCAACCCGGAGAUCACCGUCACUCCUCCAGAAACUGAACCGCCGCCCACCCAAAUCCUCCCGACAAGAGAGGACUCCAUCGCAGAGGAGCAUUUGGUGGAGGAAGAGGAGGAGGAGUAUGACGAAGAUGGUGAUACAGGAAGUAGAGGAAGCAGGGGCACCAGCGGCAGCCUCGCCAGCGAUGAAGCUGAGGCGACAGAGGACUCGGAGUGGGAACGCACCGAGUCCCAGCGAAACUCUGGCUCCAACAGUGGUUCUGCUGCCCCGUCCCUGUGUUCUGACAGCCACCUGUCUACGGUGGCUCCAGAGGAUGUUUUCCUGGAUCACGCUGAUGAACUGAAACCCGUGGAACUGGACUCGGAGGAGGCGGGCAGCCUGACCAGGCAGCUCGUGAAGAGGCUGACGUCUUCCGAUAUCGUGCCCUCCAACGGGAGCUCGGCCGAGGGUGGGGGGAGCCUGAGCUGGGCCGGAGAGGGGAGCAGGGCGUUCCUGGAGAGCAGCCUGGAGGAGGCCAUCCACAGCCUGCUGAUGAGGCUGGAGUCACUGACCCACCGCUGCAGAGAGCUGCAGGACCUGGAACAGGAAGUGAUGCGUCUGGAGGACCUGCUCAAGUGUCGUCUCCCGGGCCACAGGAGCAGGUCGUCCAGCCUCAGCCUGACGGUGGAGAGCGCCCUGGAGAGCUUCGACUUCCUCAACACGUCCGACUUCGAUGACGAGGACACGGGCGACGAUAACGCCGUCCUCAGCCCCCCCCCGCUGUUCGAUGCCGAUGGAGAGAGGAUCGGGGGCCAGCAUCCAGAAGCCAGAGGACACCUGAGCGAGGCCCUGACAGAAGACACCGGGGUGGGAAACAGCGUGGCGGGAAGCCCCCUGCCCCUGACGACAGGGAACGAGAACCUGGACGUGGCCAUCGUCAUCCACCUGCAGUACUGUAACCACCUCAUACAGUUGUUGACCAACGGGCCGGGUGGGUGGCAGCGGCGCAGUCUGCUCAUCAAACUGUCCGCACAGACUCAGCUGUUAGAAGAACUAGCGGAGAUCAGUGUGGACAGACUGGGAGCCAUCACAUCUGCCGCUGAUGUCCUCCCGGGCCUCGCCGAGCGCCCCGAGCUGAUGACGCUGUGGUCGGAGUGCAGCGGGUCUGCGGGACUGUUCCACACCACACUGGACCGAGUGUUCAAACACAUGAACGAGCGCUACACGGCAGCGCUGCAGGAGAGACACCCACACAGCGCUGACACAGUGAUUGGUGUCGUAGUGGGCGAGAUGGUUGACAGGAGCGACCUGGUGACGUCACACGACCCCCCCGCCUCUGCUCUGGCCCAGGACGUCCUGACCGUGUUUCAGUUCCACAGCUACAUCUCACAACACGAGGUCCAGGACAUGGAGACGCACCUGCUGCACCUGGCCAGAGAAGAGUUGUUUGCCGAGGCCCUCUGCAGCGGGGACUAUUCUCGGUGUCUAGCGGAGCUGGAGCUGGUGCCCGUGUCGACCCUUUGGCCUAAAGCCAGCACCCUGAGGGCCCUGGCCUCCCUGCUCACCGCAGACGACCCUCAGGUCAACGAGGUUGCAGCCGACUACCUCUCCUCAGGAGCGUCACACGGCCACUUCAGGAGCAGGGCUGUGGAGUGCUACACCCAGGCUCUGUCAGAGGCCGGAGGUCAGAGCCAGAGGGCGGCUUGUUCAGCUCUCAGCCGCCUGCAGGCUGUGGAGAGCAUCAGGGCGGUGGUGGCACUGUGCGAUGCAGCCGACGAGGAGCUUCGCCACGUCGCCAUAGAAACACUCCUCACAUUUGGUGAGGAGGGGCGGCUGGCGUACGAGCAGCUCGACACCGUGCCGGGGGAAAUUCUCCGACUGGGCACGCGGCGAGGGAACGCUGUCACCACGGCCUUCUGAGCCACAGCUCCACCGAGGAGACGAGAGAUCGAGCCUCAGCUCUGAGGAUACCACUGCCCCCCCCCCCCCAGCACCUCACAGGGCUGUUCAUUUACUGAUCAGUUUAUUGAUCUCCACCCGCCACAUCUACCACUGUUCUUGCUGAUACUGCCUCUUACAAGGAACUAACACCAAACAAACUGUCUUAACCACCAGGACGCACAACCUAUACCCCUCCUGCACACACACACACACACACACAAUCGUUGUCCCAUCACCUUUACUCCUGCACACCCCCUCACUCACCCCCCCCCCCCCUGCGUUCUGAGCCAGGAACACUGGUCACGUGGAUUUUUCACUUGAGCACAGCUUUGACGGGACACGAAGCCACUGAACGCUGCAGGAACACUGUGGAAACUGGAAGCGGUGAAUCGACACACAACCCACACGCCGCCAACACGUACAACACACGUAUUACUCCCCCCCCCCCCCGCGCGCGCUGAUUAACUCUCGUUUUGGCUGUUGCAGCGUCGGUCGUGUCAAGCAAUAUUCUAACUAUGACCUUUGUAUAAUCACUGUUUUAUCACACGUUUAAGUUGGUGGCUUUUGCAUCACAGAUGUUCCUCUGCGCUUUCGGACGACUAGCACUGUUGUAAUGCAUGUAAAUAGGGCAUAUUUUACACGGCCGGUGUACUAUAUAUAUAUGGUUGUAAUUCAAAGUGUAUUUUUAGGUUCUGUUUUCUAGUACGUUCCAUUUUUGAGUUUCAGGGAUUCUCGUGUGUUUUGUGGCGGCGAGGACCGUUACCGAGUGGUGUGUGGCUUCGGAGAGAAAGUGAGGUGAAGCGGUGAAAGGGCGUCGAGCAGAUUUAAAAACCUCAAGUCGUGUUUAUCAGCGGAGACAACAAAAAAAAAAAGGAUGAAGCUCAGAUCUAAACUGCUGAGGGAGUGAACCUGGAGUUUUUCUCAAACCUGCAGUCUAACAAGUGCAAUUUUUCUGUACAUAGCUGACUUGUUGAAAGUCGGCCUUUUGACCAUUUGAGCCUUGAUGUGGUCGAGCAGGAACUCUCUCUCUUUUUGUAAAUUUUUUUUUUUCCUAGCAGGUAUGGAGCCACUCGAGGGCAAUAAAUUCAGUUUGCGGAGCAUGAGAACGCACUUUCUCAGUAACUGUACGGAGGGGAUGGAUGGAUGGCUGGAUGCUUGGUUGGAUGGGUGUUGUUUCAUUUCUCGGUAACUGCACCUUCAUCUGGCGUGUGAGCGAAACAAGCGAGAUGAGAAGUGAGGCUUUUUCUAUGAGAAGCUGCAGGAUCAAGUGUUUGGUGCGUCUCGUUCUUCUGUAACUGACCCGAGUUCAGCUAUUCUCAUUGUAACCGAACUACUGAGUCCAGCGAGGCGAUGAAACUCACUUCUGUUCUCACCUCUUAUUUAUUAUUUACCCCUCGGAUUUCUAAUAGGCUUUGGAAGUUUUUGUAACCGUGCAGGUGAAUUUGUUAUGUAUAUAUUUAUGUUGGACUUUUGGAUCAGGUCUAGGACAGUAGGUUUAAAAAGGCCUCUGUGUUAUUCAUGCUUAACUUAAAUUGGAGUUUAUUUUGAAAGAAUUAUAUUAUAUGGAUUAUUAUUUUGGAGAAGAUUAAGAAUUGCUAAUGGCCUAAUAGCGUUAUAGAUUUGUUUUUCCCUAAAAGGUCCCGGACGUAACGGGACAUUAUAUAUAGGAAAUGUUACUUUCUGACUUAGACUUACUGUAACCAAAGGAAGAUUUAAUUUUUAAAUUGUCCUUUAAGAAACGCUCAUAAUUCAUCUUGGAGAAUGUAUUUUCAAUACGACAUUGGCAUUUUGGCCACAAAGCUCAGACUCAAACUUUAGAAGCACAACUUUAAAAAAUACGACAAACCCAUAACAUAUGAAUUUAACUACAUUUUGGAUCUAACUGCACAGUCCAGAAGCCAUACUGAUUUAAAACAUGUAAUAUUUCUAUGAAAUGUAUUUUUUUUUGUUUUAUAAUCUUAAAUGUGUGAAGUUGUAACUAAAAGCUGAAACUUUUUUUUCUAUACAACCUUUUACAAAACAUGUUUUAAGUCCAGUUACAGUAUUUUGGUCGAGUACCUAAUUCAGCGUCUACUUUUUUUUCUCUUUUUACAUACUUGCAGGUGACCAGUGUUAUAAAGUUUUACUGUUCAAUUCCUAAUCACCACAAAUACAAGUUGGCAAAAAUGUGCAUGUUUAAUUAUCAGUAUAACUUAGUACACUUGCUAAAAUUGAUCCAUCUCUGUAGCUUCUGUACUCCUCCAUAUAGUUGCAUCCUCUUCAUUGUGGUCAUCAGCAUUUACUCUGCUCAUCUAAAGUUGCAAUAAAUUUUAUUUUUGCAUAAUUGAAAUAACAA